GUCUCUUUUCUUUAUGAAUUCCAAGAUGGCGAACAAGAUGAACAAGAAUUGCUUUUAACAUUUGAAACUUUCCUAGCUGUAAACGUCCUCAAAAUAUGACAAAACUACAUUAAGCUACUAAAGCCUACAGAAUUUCAGGUGUUGUGUUUAUAUAUUUUCUGUUUUUGGUCUAAUCAAUGGCUGAAAUUGUGUACAAAUUCGCUUCCCGUCGCUCUUCAGUGUUAUGUACACACGGAGUGGUCGCGUCCAAUCAACCCCUGGCCUCACGGAUCGGGGUCCAGAUUCUCAAGAAAGGCGGAAAUGCAGCCGACGCGGCGGUGGCUGUAGCUGCUGCACUAAACGUUACACAACCCUGCAGUACAGGGAUUGGCGGGGACUGUUUUUGUUUGUACUAUGACGCUAACAGCAGGACAGUCAAAGGGCUGAAUGGAAGUGGUCGUGCACCUGCUGCCCUCACUUUAGACCUCCUGCGCAAUCAGGGGAUAGGCCCCAAAGACCAGCUCCCCCCUCUCUCGGCACACAGUGUGACGGUCCCUGGUGCAGCUGCCGGCUGGGUUGACACAGUUGAUGUGUUUGGCAGCAAAAAGCUUUCCAUGAGAGAUGUGCUUCAGCCCGCUAUAGAGCUUGCAGAAGAGGGCUUCCCUGUCCAUCAUCUCACCGCCCACUUAUGGAAUGCAAACUCCCAUACUCUUACACGCCCUGAAAACCGGCAUGGAAGUGAGAUGCUAUUAGAUGGGAGACCCCCAAGGGAGGGUGAUGUCAUGAGAUUACCAAACUUGGCCAAAACAUUCAAGCUCCUAGCUGAACAUGGAAAGGCAGGUUUUUACCAGGGGCCGGUCGCCAAGGCAAUAGUCAAUGUUAUUCAUGAGCAUGGUGGUGUAAUGACACUAGAAGACCUGGCAGCACACCGGAGUACAUUUGACGAACCAAUCAAGACUUGUUAUAGAGGAAUAAACGUGUGGGAGAUACCGCCUAAUGGGCAAGGGAUCACUGCCCUUAUUGCUCUUAAUAUCUUAGAAGGAUUUAACUUAAAGGAAUUGGGCCAUAAUUCCCCUGAAUACUUGCACUUGGUAGCUGAGGCCCUCAAGCUAAGUUUUGCUGAUACGCUGUGGUACAAUGCCGACCCAGAGAAAGUCCAUGUUCCCAUCAAGCAUAUGCUGUCCAAGGAAUACGCUGCAGAGAGAAGAAAACUCAUCAUGCGAAACAGGGUGAUGCCUGAAUGCCACCAUGGCACCCCAUACACGUCUAGCGACACAGAGUAUCUGACAGUUGUGGAUUGUCAUGGCAACGCUUGCUCCUUUAUUGACAGCAACUACAUGAACUUUGGCACUGGCCUUGUGCCGCAGGGGUGUGGAUUUACACUGCAGAAUCGUGGGUGCAAUUUCUCCCUGGAUCCUGACCACCCGAAUGCUCUGAGUCCUGGCAAAAGACCUUACCAUACCAUCAUCCCUGGCAUGGCUACCUAUGCAGAUUCCGGUGAAUUAUACACAAGCUUUGGAGUGAUGGGUGGAUUCAUGCAGCCACAAGGCCAUGUACAGGUCUUAGCGAAUAUGAUUGACUUUGGAAUGGACCCCCAGCAAGCCUUGGAUAUGCCUCGUUUACAUGUGAAUGCAGGCCUUGAGGGGCUGGUAUCUCUAGAGGAAGGUAUCCCGCAGAGUACAAUAGACAGAUUACGGGCCCUAGGGCAUAAAUUGGAGGGGCCCAUAUCAGGUUAUCAAAGGACGUUAUUUGGCCGGGGACAGAUCAUCAUGCGAAAAAGGGGACAUUCCUGUGGUGGGGAGGAGGUGGCAGUGUUAUGGGCGGGGUCGGAGGGGCGAGGGGAUGGUAUGGCUGUGGGAUACUGACAAACUGUACAUAUCAACAAAUGAUAGAAACAAAAUGGGACGCAUGACUGGAGAGCGCCAAGGGAACUGGAUAGACCCAGGAGACCCAAGGUUUACAAAAUUAUUUUUCACCACUUUCUCAGAUAUUUAUAAGCAGAUUUUGGUGUUAGAAAUGCAAUGUUUUAAAAUAUUGCAUAUAAAAUCAGAUUGAAUGGUUUUCAAAAAGCUUGAAGAAGACCAAUCAUGCCGCCAUUUUACGCUCCCGCACAAUACCGAAUCACUCAAAAAAUCCAUUUCCAUCGGCUAGGAAGUGAGAAACGUUCAAUCAAAUAUCAUUAAUAAAGUCUCAGACUUC